AUGAAUGAAGUAUUUUGCACUGCUGAGGAUAUGGGCUUAAGUAUCUUUUACCAGGACUGUGAUAGCAUGCAUAUUUUCAAUGAAGACAUACCACGUUUAGCUCAUGAAUUUAAGAAUAGAUACGGUCGCGAAUUAAUAGGAAAGAAUUUAGGUCAGUUUCAUUCAGAUUUUGCAGAAAUCACAAAAGAUAAACAAAGUUUAGCUUACAAGUCGAUAUUUUGUGGAAAGAAGACUUACAUAGACCUUUUAAUAAAUGACAUUGGUGAAGUUGCAUUUCAUGCACGUAUGAAAGGCGUAAAACAAGAUGUCAUUGCUUUAACCGCUAACGAAAUGUUUCCUGACGCAGUACAAUGCUAUUAUAAUGAAGAUAAGAACAUUCAUAUUCCUGUUGGAAAAUAUGAUAAAGAUUCUGAGUUCAGUAUAAUGAAAUUAUAUCAAGCCCUUCACGAUGGUCAGGAAAUCGCAUUUGAUUUAUGCAAAUCAACAGCACCCUGUUUUGAAGAGAAGUUUAACUUUUCAAUAACGACUAAAAAUACUUUCAUAAGGAAAUUAAAGUUCUGA